AUGCUACCGCAAGGCGUCCUCUUCAUCGUCGCGACGUUCGUCAUUGUCGAGCUCGCGGAAGUCGGCAACGGAGGCUUCGUGUACGGCCUCCUCACGACGGUCUCGAACCUCCAGUCGGCUGUUGGCUCGGUGCUUGCCAACCGUAUUUACUCCAACUUUGACGUUGACGAAGACGCGAUCAUCUCGGACACCAAGCACGUGCGCAACCAGAUCGCGUACACGUACAUCAUCUACUACACAGGCUUCUUUAUCGCCUGCUGCACGGCGGUCUUCCUCCCGAAGCAGAAUCUCCAGCGCACGGGCCGUCAAUUCCCGCUCAUCGUCGGCUUAGUCCUCUGCUUCUGCAUGCUCGUCUACUCGAUCACGUUCAGCAUCCUCUCCAUGUUCGACGUCGUGCUUGCUCAUCGCGGCUCUAUACUCCGACGGCUUCAAGGCCUAAAACCUAAUGUAGCAAUUUAA